CGCUUUUGGAACAUGAUUCAAUGACUGAAUUGCACCGAGAAUAUGAAUGGUUCGGGCUAUACACCGAAGACGAUGGUGGGCGAUAAUCAUACCGAGCAGUGUGUCAUUUACUGUCGAGAAAGCCUGGGCUGCGCGCACGCUAAGAGUAAAAAGAUUCACGUGAAGCUUUGAAGGUAUGAAAUAUGGAUCUGCAUUACCCCUUUGUUUUCGACAUAAAUGCUAUCGAUCAAUGCAAACUGUGAUUUUGGUCAAACUCGUAAGUUGAUUAGGCUGAGUUGUGUGUAGGUUCGUGUUAGACAAUGACCCUACGUCUCUGUUUUGCUCUAUCUUAUUGAUCGCGAUGGCCUUGACUCCUCAACGUCUGCUUCUUGCAGGCCAACAUUGUGUUCCAUUCCCUCAUAGCAACUUCUCAUAUCAGAGCUCAAGUUUGGGUGCUUCUCUAUCCCCUGUCACUUCUGCUUAACAAUAACCCAGUUCAACGGUAACAGCCCCAUGUACUACCUCUGAGUGCACACCUCAUCCGAUCGCAAUGGCCUCAUAUCAGCGAUAGCACGCUAAAGCAUGUCAUUGACAACGUGCACAUGUGGAGAUGCUGCAUGCUUGCCAUAUGGGAGUGCAAUAAGGUGAACGUAGAUGCUAGCCGCAUGCAUUCAAUGCUAGAAUGUAAUCUACAAUCCUCUACCCCGUCGAGGGUAAAAGGCGGAUGGAGUUUGCAUAAUAUAUGGAGAUGUAUACAAACCUUGCAAGUCCUAUCUGGGAUGGAGCAUCGCAACGGUCUCAAGAUCGAGCCAAAGAGGGUUACGUUCAGUGGCCAAUGACGCAUGCAAUGCUGCAUGACCUUCAGAGUUCCUAUUGGUUCUGGUAGAAGAUGUAAACACCGUGACUCAGGUAGUCUAAAGACUCGUGCGUCAAUUCACCUAUUACAUGUGAAAAGUGGCUACAUAAGCACAAGGGUGAUCACAGUCCUAAUUCGUCUACUGUUAUGCCCAGAUCCGGUCGAAAGGCUACAUAUUUCAGGCAACCACAGCGCUCCAUCCAUCUCCCCUCCACACCAAGCACCAGCUCGUUUGCAAGUUUGCCAAAAGUAUCAGAACCACAGCACUCAUCGAUUCGAAAAGGAAAGAAAAGAAAAGAUGCCUGUCACAAUCAAAGUAGCGCAGCACGAUGCUAGGCCGUUCGGCAAGUGGGAGGGGUCGGCGGGAGUAAAAUCCUCACAACAAGUCCUCGAAACCAUCGCGCACAAGGACAAAAAGGACAUUGGAGACAUUUUAGUGACUGACCGAGGCAUGGUGCAGACCUCACUGACGGAUGAACGACUCCAAGAGAUGCAAAUGCAUCCGCAGGAAAAUGGACUGGUACGCGCUGCAUUCCACGCCUACUCGAGCCAUCAGCAUCUGGUAUUGCGCCCCGAAGAUAUAUGGUUCGCCAUCUUGACUCAGUUCAGCUUCUACGUGAAUGCAAAUUCGGAGAAGCUUAGGAAGUAUUUCGUGGCGCACAAGGGGAAAAAGGGACUGAUACUAAAAGCCCCGGGUGAAGACGAUAUGAGUCUGAUGUGUCGUAAUAUGACCAAGCUGAUGGACGAGAAUGUUGUGGAUCCUGAGCUGAGGGAGUGGAUCCUCCCUUCGUUCUCCACCACCAAAGUUGAAGACGAGUCUGUGGCAGCUAUUAUCAUGAUGGGAACACUGCAGUCUUACUUCGAGUAUGUGUUCGAUUGCUCCUGUUGCGGUAUUCCUUCUGUUACCCUACUAGGCGAGAAGGAAGAUUGGGAAGAUAUCGCGCGACGCAUUGAGAGAUUGGACAAAUAUGGCGAAGAGCCCGCUCGAUUCGGGACUUUGUUGAAGCCAAUACUGCGGGAACUGGUCGCCUGCUUUGAUGAUGGCAAUGGCAGUAUGGGAGCCACUUUCUUCAGUCGCAUCGUCGACUAUGAAGGUGGGAGUGGAAUGGAUACAUUGUCCGGGUGGAUCACGGUAUUCUGCCAUUGGACUGAGGAAGGCAGACUGGUGGCACCACUGCCUGCAAACGAUGCUAAUCCAUGGGAAUCUCGUUGGCCACUAAAACCUGACAGUACUCUCCCGGAAAGACUGAGGGAUAUCAAGAGUGCAAGAAUUGAAAUGAGCGAGAUUCCAUGCAGCUUUGUCUCUGUGCCUGUGCUCUACAUCGCUCCGGACAAGACAAUGAUCGAGACGAAAUUGUUAGCCGGGUUUGCAGGCUUUGAAGCUACAACACCGUCGCCAGUGUAUUCAGCGCGGAAACCUUUACCGCUUCCUACUGUGUCAGAGAAGCCAGAGGCGAGGAGGAACAGUAUCCGGAGAUUGGGGACUAAAGUCUUGUCAUUGUGUGGAAUCACCAGGGCGGAGGGCGAAACCAAUGACGAUGCUGCUUUAAUGCCAGUCGCUACGACAUCCUCAUCAGCUUUCCCUAUAAAUGUGACUACAGACAAGAAGCGGAUAUCAAAAGGAUCGUUAUCCACGUCGAAUACCAUGGUUGGCACCGAUAAAAUAGCGGAGGGACCGCUUCCGCACAAUACACUUCGACCAGUAACCGCGUGGUUUAUGUUUCGCAAGAGGAACCCAGAGGGCACGGGGAGCAAGAGUCUGGCAGAGUUUUAUGAAGAUAGGUUGGCCAAUGAUUGGGAAGGUGGCGCGAGCACAGGAUAUGUGCAAGCUGAUAGAUCCAUUGUGAAAGUGGAGCAAGGUUUGCCCGGCCAAUAUUAGGGUCUCCCUGCUCAUGUGCGAUUGGAUACAACUACACUACUUGUUAAUGCUUCCGCCAACCAUAAUUAUAUGGAUCCGAGGCUUCCUUAGCACGGUCCUCAAUGUAGUACUCCCGUGAUCCUUUGUACCCAAAUUGGGAUCUCCUGAUCUUCCUCUUGUCUCCGACGAUUUCUUCUUCUUCUUCUUCAUCAUCAUCAUCAUCAUCAUCAUCAUCAUAAACUUCAUCUCCAUCCGUGGCAUAUUCAUAAUCAGAUGCCAAGCAGUCAUCAGAGGGUAUUCCUCGAUCGAGAUCACACCUAGAUGAAAAAAGGUAAGCUAGAAUACUACUAAAAGAAUGAAGACAGAAGUUCGAUAUCCGGGAAAAGUUAUUCUGCGUGAUGCUUCACUAGAUCUGGAUGGUAUACGCUCCAACUCCCAAUCUAACCAUUCUUCCCACCCGUGAUACACACUCACAAAAAAAUCACUCAGCGUCAAGAAAGGCAUUUCGGCGCCAUCUUUAUAAGUAGUGAGAUCCCGGAGCCCGUAGUUUUGUUCUUGGUCAAUGGAGGAAGCGCUUCGUUUCACGCAAUGAGAGAUAGUGGUCCCAGACUGAUCAGAAUCAGGUACUGUUAGCUCGAUACUUUGGAUAU